AUCUUUAGAUCAAUUUACAGGAUGCUAUGGCAUCGUCCUUUGCAAUUGCACCUCACAUUCCAGUCCAAGCAUCGUGCAUGACAAUCAUCAUGUUUUGUGGGGCCAAGUAUAAAGACUCUGGCCUACACCUGCUUUUCAUGAGUUUCAUCCGAUCAAGUUUCAUCGUCCUGUUUCCUUCAACAUGGUGCAUAACACUGUACAGCUGUGCAAUUCAGCACUCCAGGCUAAACGCAAUGGGGUUCCCCCAUUGUCUGGGCACAUAAUACAACGCCCAACCCUAGUCAGCGGCCACAACAAGCCAGACGUAGCUGUUCAAUGAUAUCAUCGAUGAUCAACCAAAAGGAAGAAUUUCUUGGGCUCAAAGAUUGUACUGAACAGGCGCUCGAUCACUCCUCCUUGCAAAUAUGGCAAGGAGUAGUAACCACUCAAUGCUUGGAUCAAACGCCUUCAAAAAUGAUGAAUGGUUGCUCUCACAUCAUGUCAGUGACACGAUGUACUUCAUCUCUGACGUAGAUACCAGCAAGAAAUGCAUGUGCAGAAAACGUCCAAAAUGCCUGCUCAUGUACAGACCCCAGAUCUCUAGAAUCCUGUUAACGAAAUCCUUGCUUGUCCCAUAAAGCUGACUUCAACGGCAGGUUCACGCGCCCCUCAGGAUAACCGGGCCGACUUCGUUGCUGAGUGGCUGCGCUUUCGCAAGUUGGAUCCAUCCUGAGAUAACGUGCCACCUUUAUACAUCGUUACUCCAGCUAUACGAGCUGUGC